AUGCAGCACUAUGCCACCUACCUGCAAUCCUUCGAUUACGAAAUACGGUUUCGGAAGUCGGCGAGCCAUGCCAAUGCGGAUGCGCUCUCCCGAAUCCCGCUGAAGCUGGCGGAUGCAGACAACGUCAUCGAAGAGUCGGACUUAGUGGAACUGCACCAAAUCGAAACCCUUCCACUUACUGCUGCGGAGUUGGCACAAGCAACUGCUGAGGAUUCCUCUGUGAAGAAGCUGAUACAAGGAGUCCGGUUCGGAAUCGACCAGAGCGAGUUUGCAAUGCAAAAAGGCUGUCUGCUGCGUGGUAUACGAGUGUACGUGCCGCCGUCUCUUCGGAAGCGAGUCCUUGCGGAGCUGCACUCUACGCACUUCGGAGCAACGCGAACCAAGUCACUGGCAAGAGGCUAUUGCUGGUGGAAUGGAAUGGACAGUGCUAUUGAGGAGAUGAUCGCCAAUUGUGUUGAAUGCCAGUCGGUGAGGCGUGAAAUAACGAAGAUGCCGUUACACUGCUGGGAAGCUCCUACUGCGCCGUUCCAAAGGGUCCAUGUGGACUUUGCGGGACCAUUCAUGGACACAUACUUUUUCAUUUUGGUCGAUGCCUUUACCAAGUGGCCGGAGGUGCGAGUAUGUAGUUCAAUCACUGCUGACAGUACUAUCCGGAUGUGUCGUGAGAUGUUCAGCACUUUUGGAGUACCGUCGGUGCUCGUCAGCGAUCACGGUGUCCAAUUUACGUCCGAACAAUUUCAACAAUUCCUGCGAAUGAAUGGCAUCGUGCAUAAGAUGGGAGCGCCCUACCAUCCUGCUACAAACGGGCAAGCGGAGCGGUAUGUGCAGACUCUGAAACAGAAGCUGAAGUCGCUGAAAUGUACGAAGGCACAGCUGAACGUCGAACUCUGCAACAUAUUGCUAACAUACCGGAAGAUGAUACAUCCUGCCACCGGUCAAUCACCUGCGAUGAUGAUGUUUGGUCGGCAGAUACGAUCGAGAAUUGACCUGAUGCUACCGAAGAACGAAGUCGUGGAUUCGAAGAACCAUACAGUGCGAGAGUUCAAGGAUGGCGAUCGUAGUGGGCUGAUUUCCGUGAAAGUGCUGACGUCGAAUGGUCUCCAUGUGGUGUUCCGGAAGAAUGAUUGCGAGAUCGUGAAUGCAGCCGGUGAAGUGACUGUGAAGGGAGAUCGCCGAGGCAGUUUGUACCAACUGAGGACGGCCGAGCAUGCGCUGAAAGUAGUUGGAAGGAGCAACGGGAACCGUCGGUUAUGGGCCCAGGCCCAGGGACGCCCUGGUGGUGGUUCGGGAAGCGAGGAGACCAAGAUGCGGUACCAUCCAACAUCCGAUGAGGUUUCUAGAUGCGAUGAGGCCUGGUGCCAAUAG